AGGCUGCCCUGCUGACAGAGCGCUUUCUUGCAGCACUGCCCUGGCACUGUGGGAGGUGAUGUUCUCCGUGCCCCAGACCCUGCAGAACGUGUUGAAGGAGCUGCUCAUCCAACUGCAGGACCGGCACUAUAGGGUCUUUUAUACACACUGGGUGGACACCGCCAUCCUUCGCUUGGCUAUACUGGCCAGCAGUGACCUGCAAGAUGAGGAGUUUGCUCCAGUGUACCUAGUCAUGAGGUUUCUGAGGCAACGAAGACCAGCGGUGCUCUCCCUGUUGCUCAGGGCCAUGAUGACGCUGUCACAGAGAGGAGAGAUGGCCAGAAAAAUGGAGGUCAUGCUGCCAGACCUGAUGUGGGUCCUGCAGUACGGCAAUAAGGCCAUCAAGAUGAAGGCUCUGGUCAUCUUCAGAAACGUGAUGGCUCAGCUGGAGAGGGAGAAGGCCAGUCCCAUCGCUGUGCGGCUGGCAGAAUUUCUCCUGCCCUUCUUUGAUGACGAACUGAGCCAGCUGAGAAAGAUCUCCAUCAGCCUCUUCAGAGACCUGAUGAAGAUGGUGGUGGGGAAUGACAAGAGAAAGAUGAAGAACAUGGUGCGACUUGGCCUGCUCCCUCUCUUCUUCCGAAUGAGUGACCAAGUGCAGAGCGUGGCCAAGGUACAGAUUUAAAGCCGAGCAGUGAUGCAGGGAAGAGACCCCUGGGCGUUUGGGCCAGGGCAUGUCCCCGCUCCCUGAGGGCAGAAUCACCCCAGGAACAAAGCCCAGAGCAGGGGGACACCAGGUCUCCUGCCCCAACCGUGGUGCCAUCUCCCAGCUUCUGCUGUUCCGUAGGUUGCCAGGGAAGCCCUCCUCGGUGCAGCAGAGCUCCUCAAGUGGAAACAGCUUGAAGAUCUGGU